AUGAUCAAUUCUCGCGUUUUAACGUCUUGGCUCAAACUACUUGCGCGCACGGCGCACUCCUGUAGCGCCGGGUGGAAGGGCACCGCCAACCAAUCACGACGCACCAGGAGAGUGGCACGACAAUACGUUAGAAGUGACUCAAUAAAAAGGUUUUUGAGAGAACAAGCUCUUUCAGAGCAACCAUCAACAUCACGUGGUGUCUCUUCUUUGCGUUCAGGACAAAGUCAGUUUGAUUUUAAAACAAAGUGUUUUUUUUGCCCAGAAGAGCAUGACGAGGAGGCGGAGAGAAAAAAACCUUAUUCUAAGCGUCGAACCAUUAUCAAAGUUCGUACGACUACGUUUCACAAUUCCGUGCUUCUUGGUGGGCAGGAAAGGAACGAUGAGUGGGGUAACGACGUAGUAAGACGUAUCUGCACUGUUGGGGAUCUACAUGUACUAGAUGCUAUAUAUCACGUGGAUUGUUACAAAAAAUUCACCCUUGCCACUCUACCUUCAAAAAGAAAAGCUGGGUGCCCCAUUGAUGAAGGGAUUUCAGAAGCAAUGAACGAAAUCUACGAUUACAUUGAACAAAAAAACGAUAACUGUCAAUUUUCUAUGGACGAUUUGUUGGGACAGAUUACGGGAGAACCACCAACUGUGAAAACCAUCAAAGCCAGAAUGAAGGAAAAAUAUGGGGACCAAAUUGUUUUCAGUACAACUCGCACCAAACAAACAGUCGUCUGCUUGCAUGCAACUGGUGAAAAAUUUUAA